AUGGCACAAAGACCCUCCCAAAGCGCCCAGGGCAAAACCCGUCAAGUGCCCGACAUCCAUGAGCUGAAACACCUGCACCUGAGCCGCGUCCCGCUGACCAGCCUCCGUGUCGAGCCCCUCCGAGUGCUGCUGGAGAACGUGGCAGCCACCCUCAGGACCCUGGACUUCCUGGACUUUUCCCUGCAGAUGCAGUUCUGCAAUCCUGACCGCCUUCGAGAGCUGUACAUGGACUCUGUCCCCUUCCUCAAAGGUCACCUGCAUCAGGUGCUCAGGUGCCUGAGCGCCCCCUUGGAGGCUCUGUCCAUAACCAACUGCGUCCUCUCAGAAGCGGAUCUCGUGCACUUGUCCCAGUGCCCGAACAUCGAUGAGCUGAAACACCUGCACCUGAGCCGCGUCCCACUGACCAGCCUCCGUGCCGAGCCCCUCCGAGUGCUGCUGGAGACCGUGGUGUCCACCCUCAGGACCCUGGACUUCCUGGACUGUGAGAUCACCGACUCCCAGCUCGAUGCCCUCCUGCCUGCCCUGAGCCGCUCUGCCCAGCUCCCCAAGCUCAGCUGCCUGGGAAUGACCUCUCCAUGGCUGGCUGGAGAACCUGCUGUCCCACACCGCACAGUUGGACAAGUUGCCCCCGGAGCUUAUCCAGCCCUCCAGAGAUCCACGGCACCCCGAGCGCUGCCCACCGAUGGAGUGCACAGGUGGUGGAAGCUUCAAGUGCUGGACUUCGGGAUGCCCAUCAUGACUUCUAGAACGUGUGGUGUGCAGGCGCGGUCUUUCCUACUCAGCAAAGGCCAAGAGUCCGAGGGAAGCAGUGCAGGAUGGGCCAAGGACAAGGGCUCGCUGCUCUUGAAGGUGGUUGUAGACCUGGGCUUCGAGGAUCACCGACUCCCAGCUCGAUGCCCUCCUGCCUGCCCUGAGCCGCUCUGCCCAGCUCACCAAGCUCAGCUGCCUGGGAAUGACCUCUCCAUGGCUGCGCUGGAGAACCUGCUGCGCCACACCGCACAGUUGGACAAGUUGCCCCCGGAGCUUUAUCCGGCCCUCCAGAGAUCCACGGCACCCCGAGCGCUGCCCACCGAUGGAGGCUCCACCAACUCCCCACUGAGCUAAGUACGACUCUACAGUUGUUGGAGCACUCCAAGAAAGUCUGAUGUAGCACCAUGGCCUGUGCUGAUUGUAGCAACCAGGCCACGUAUAGCAUGGAGCCCCUCAGUGCCACUCUGUGCCCCUGUCUAGUUUGAUGUGUGUAUCAGAUCCUUCCUCCUGGGCACUAGGAGGUGGGCGCAUCAUAGCGGGACAGGAAUCCACUGUCUGAGAGUGAGCAGGAAAAGGACUGAUCCAGCAGGGGGAGCUUUGGACGAGGACGAGCUGUCUGGGAGUCCAGGCCUUUAGAGCUGGACAGAGGGACCCGAGUGUGCAGAGUGGGAUUGGGAGGGAGUUGUGCCUGGGUGCUUGGCUAUAAAGAAGUGGCAGAAGUAAAGGGAAUCUCGGCGUGACCUUACGUCCGUGGUCGGUGCACCUGGUUGCUCAGUGUCAGCCUCAGAACUUGCCAGUGGCUGAGGGAAAAGCGGGACUGAGGUGUCUCAGCAGUGAGGCUUGGACCCAGGAGCUCUGGGGGACGACACACAAUGGGGCCGCUGUGACCAUUCCUCCCAUUCUGCACUUGUCUCUGGGCUUA